AUGGCGGCAACGGUCGUUGAUCUACACAUAGCCUCUCAGUGCCUCCAGAAACUACCUGCGACUAGCAACAGGUUUACCUACAACUGCGAUGGUCACACCUUUAACUAUCUCGUGGAGGAUGGAUUCACGUAUUGUGUUGUUGCUGUUGAAUCUUCUGGAAGACAGAUACCUAUGGCAUUCCUCGAGCGUAUUAAGGAGGAUUUUACCAAAAAAUAUAGUGGAGGAAAGGCUGCUACAGCUGUUGCCAACAGCCUGAAUAAGGAGUUUGGGCCCAAAUUGAAGGAGCAAAUGCAGUACUGUGUAGAUCAUCCAGAAGAGAUCAGCAAGCUUGCAAAGGUGAAAGCUCAGGUUUCAGAAGUUAAAAGAGUGAUGAUGGAAAACAUUGAGAAGGUUCUUGACCGUGGUGAGAAAAUUGAACUUCUGGUGGACAAAACCGAGAAUCUUCGCUCUCAGGCACAAGAUUUCAGGACGCAAGGAACCAAGAUGAGAAGAAAGAUGUGGUUGCAGAACGUGAAGAUAAAGUUGAUUGUCCUUGGUAUCAUCCUUGCCUUGAUCCUUAUCAUAGUUUUGUCUGUCUGUGGUGGAUUCAAAUGUCACAAGACUCACAACUAG